UGUAUAUUGGUUUUCUGACUUCCGGUGCUGAAUGCAACGCAACUUCCUCUUUAGACCGGUGCAAUGGCGGCUGGUACUCUGUAUACAUACCCCGAAAACUUUCGGGCACAAAAGAUCCUUAUUGCAGCCAAGUACAGUGGUACACAAGUCACCGUGGCAAAUGAUUUCAAGUUAGGGGAGAGUAACAAAAAUGAAGCAUUUUUGAAGAAAUUCCCAUUAGGCAAAGUGCCUGCAUAUGAGGCAAAGAAUGGCGAUUGUGUGUUUGAAAGCAAUGCUAUUGCUUAUUAUGUUGCCAAUGAAGCCUUGAGGGGAGCCAGUCCUUCUGAUGCAGCCUUUGUACAGCAAUGGAUCAACUUUGCUGACAGUGAAAUCCUCCCAGCUGCCUGCACAUGGGUUUUCCCUUGCAUGGGUUUAAUGCAAUACAACAAACAGAACACCGAGAGAGCCAAGGAAGAUAUCAAGAAGGCGCUGGGUGUUCUCAACACUGUUCUAAGAACCAGGACGUUCCUUGUGGGAGAGAGAGUCUCUCUGGCAGAUAUAGUUGUUGCUUGCGAUUUGCUUAUGCUGUACAAGAUGGUUCUUGAUCCAGCUUUCCGCCAACCAUACCAGAAUACAAAUCGUUGGUUUACCACUCUAGUUAACCAGCCAGAAUUUAAAGCAGUUCUCGGUUCUGUUGUAUUGUGUGAGAAAAUGGCACAGUUUGAUGCUAAAAAGUUUGCAGAACUCUCUGGAGGAGGCAAAGAUAAAGGAGGUAAAAAAGAAAAGAAGGAGCAGCAGCCCAAGCAACAACCGAAGAAAGAGAAACCACCAGCAAAAGAGAAAGAUGAGGAGGAAGAACCAGCUCCAAAAGAACGUAAAGAUCCUUUUGCUGACCUGCCUAAAGGAACUUUUGACAUUGAAGAAUUCAAGAGAGUGUAUUCCAACAAUGACACAGCUACUGUAGCUCUUCCAUAUUUCUGGAAGAAUUUCGACAAGGAGGCAUUUUCCAUUUGGCACUGUGAAUACAAUUAUCCACAGGACCUAAAGCUAACCUUUAUGAGCAUAAAUUUAAUAAGAGGCUUUUUCCAGCGUCUAGAUCGCUUGAGGAAGCACGGUUUUGCCAGUGUGAUUCUGUUUGGUGAAUCUAACAAUAGUACCAUCUCUGGGGUCUGGGUUUGGAGAGGACAAGGCCUAGCUUUUGACUUGAGCCCAGACCUCCAGGUUGACUAUGACUCUUAUAGUUGGAAGAAGCUUGAUCCAGACAGCGAAGAGACCAAGAAAAUGGUCAAGGAAUAUUUCGAAUGUGAAGGGGAGUUCGGUGGCAAGAAAGUUUGUGAUUACAAGAUCUUUAAGUAAAUUAUCUGACACUGUGAACUGUGACUGGAAGAUAAUGAUGUGACACACUUUUUUGCAUAAGAAGGCAUGAACGGUUGAUUUGUUAUGUACCAACUGAAGAAAAACUUGGUGCCUGUGUGUUGGAAAAGUAAGAUGUGCAUAAGAAAUGAAAUAUGCAAAUAAAUUAUGAAGGCAAGCUUUGUGCUUGAGACAUCUGCAUUACUUAUUUGUGAAUUUCCUCGUACAGCAAGUGAUUAAAGGCUUAAAGGACAAAGUGGUGCAGAAUAUUCUAUGAAUCCCAUUCUGAGUGGGUUUACCUGCAGGUCAUAGUGGUAAAUUUUAUCUUCUAAUAUUUUGCAAAUCGAGGCCAUUUCUAUGGCAAGUUCUAUCAAGGGCCUUGAGUUCGAUCUCGCAAUUUCCACUGUUUGCUGAAUCUUGUCAUAACUACCGUACAAAAAAUAAUUUUAAAAAUAUGUAAAUAAAAUCAAAUAAAAAGUCA